CUUGAUGGAAUUUGUGUAUACUUCAUACGAAUUAGAUUAGAUAUUGAGCUUACAACUCGAAAUAUACCAGAGGAAGUUUUUUGUAGUCAAGCAGAAUUAAAUCAGCAGAUGUUAGCAGGGUUUCUUACUGCUGUUUGUGAAAUUUUGGACCAGUUAUAUGGACCCUGUAUUAAAAACUCAAAAAAAUGGGGACAGUUAAGUUCCACUCUUCAUGGUAGACAUAAUAGAAAGGAUUUUAUGGAUAAAUUUGAUCAUUUUUACAAAUUCUUUGAAGAAUGCAAGAAAGAUAUUCAGUGUCAAGCAACUUUAAAGGAAUCUGCUAUCCUUGAUCUUUCACAAAUGAAGAAUGUGCAUGAUUGUAUCAACCUUGCAACUAAUCCACAAAAGUUGGCUAUCAUUGAAGAGCUUGUGCUAAUUUGGAGCAAGCAGAUUGAACUGGUUCUUGCGGAGAGUGAACAGAUGAGGAAGGAAGCUGAUGACACAGGUCCACUGGCAGAGCUUGAGCACUGGCGACAUUUGGUUGCAAAAUUUAGCUCAAUCAUGGAGCAGAUCAAUGGUCAUGAUUGUAAAAUGGUGAUCCAUACUCUUGUUGCAGCCAAAUCGAAAGUUUUGAAGGUUUGGAAAGAGCUAGAUGCUCGUAUCACUGAUGCGUUUAAUGAAGCAAGAGACAAUGUUAAAUUUCUCUACACAUUGGAAACAUUUUGUGAGCCAUUAUACAAAGGACAACUGGAAACCAUGCAAGAACAUGUCUCUAGUCUCAUCAAUGCCAUUCGAAUGAUUCAUGCUGUCUCUAGGUAUUACAACACCUCAGAGAGAAUGACUUCCCUCUUCGUAAAGGUGACAAACCAGAUGGUCACUUCAUGCAAACGAUACAUCACAAAUGAUGGACUCUCAUGUGUCUGGGAUCAAUCUCCUAAAAAGGUUAUAGAAAAACUUAAAUGCUGCCAGAGACUGUACCAUGAUUAUCAGGAUAACUUUAAAUGUGUGAAGAAAAAAAUCAAGGAAACUGCAGGAGAAGAAUCUUUUAAAUUUUCAGAAAUGUAUGUAUUUGGAAAAUAUGAAGCAUUUUGCAAGAGGCUUGACAAGAUCAUUGAGUUGUUAAACAUUAUUGAAACAUAUUCCGUGUUGAGCCAUUCCCACAUCGAGGGCAUUCAGUCUAUAGCUGCCAAGUUUUUACACAUAUGCUCUGCCAUAAAAAACAAAGUAUAUGAUAAUCUUGAUCCAAGAAAACUAGAUUUUGAUAAUGAUUUUGAAGAAUUUAAGCAACAAGUAGCUGAUUUGCAGGGUCAACUACAGCAGUUCUUGAAUAGAAACUUUCAAGAUAUAACCUCCACAAUUAAAGCUCUUCAGCUUCUUCAAAGAUUUGAGAAGUUAUGCAUUCCUGGUCUGGAUAUAGAAUCCAAGUAUAUUGCUAUCUUAGAACAUUAUGGAGAAGAACUGAAACAUGUUUCUCAGCUUUAUAAUCAACAGAAAGAUAAUCCACCUUAUCCUAGGAACAUGUCUCCAUUUGCUGGAAGGAUUGCCUGGGUAAAGCAUCUAUUUAAAAAGAUUAAUGAACCCAUGGAAUGUCUUAAGGUAUACCUUCCUACCUUAAAUUCAAAGGAUGUCUUGGGAAUUGUGCUUACAUAUAAUCAAGUAGCACAGGUUCUUGUUCAUUUUGAGCUUCUGUAUCACAUGGCAUGGAGAAAACAAGUGGAGACUAUUGCUUCAAGAGUCAACAUUGCCAGAACACGAGGUUUUCCAGGAGCAAACAUCAGAAGUGAUCAUGACUUGUUGAUGAUGACUUUUCCUUUCCAUCUGAAGAAAAUCAGCAAACCAAAGUACACAAGAAUCAUGUUUGACCUUGAGAAAUUGAAGGACCCUGAUGUGGCACAAGUCUUUCAAGCAAUGAUUGGUGGAAAAUUUGCACCUCUUACCAUCCUGGAUGAUGAAAACAGAGACCUAGAUGUGAUGAUCACCAACUUUAACAUAACAGUGACUGACACAGCCAACAAGAUCCUUGGCAAGCACUGUCGGACUAAAAAACCCUGGGUCACACCAGAUAUUUCGAACCUAUGUGAGAAAAGAAGAGAACUGAAAAAGAGAAAAGGCAAUCCUGAAGGCAUGCAAAAAUACAGAGAAGUCAAUAACAAAAUUAAAAAAGGCAUGAUGAAGGCAAAGGAGAACUGGGUAGAAGAACAGUGCAAUGAAAUUGAAGAAAACUUGAAUAAUAACAACAGUAAAAAAGCAUACCAACUAGUAAAAUACCUAAGAACCAUAAAACAAGGGCGAACCACUACCAUCCAAUACAAAACAGAAAAAUGCAUCAUAGAAAAACAAGAGAUCCUCCAUCAGUGGACAGAAUACUGCUCUAAACUAUACAACCACAAGACCAGUGGAGACCCAAUGGUACUACACUGCCCUCAGACAACUGAAGAGGAACUCUAUCCAAUACUUCAGGAACAACUAGAAAAUGCAGUGAGAUCACUGAAAAAAGUGAAGUCAGCUGGAGUUGACAACAUAUCAGCAGGACUGGUUCAGGCUAGGGGAAAAGCCUUGAUCACCACCCAUACAAAAAUUUGCAAUAAAAUCUGGCAGACAGGAGAAUGGCCCACACAUUGGACCCAGUGCCUACAAGUAACAGUUUUGGUUGCUCAUCCUGAAACAAGGGACCUUUAUGUUAAUUUUGAUCCACUGAUCCUUCAAACGAUACAUGAAGCACAGCAGCUUUUAAAGAUGGACUUAGAUAUACCAGACACAGUGAUGUUGUUAUGUCUUGCUGAGAAAAAACUGAAAUCAGCUUAUUGUCAAGCUAAGGCAUUAUUGGACAAUUUUGUGUCAUUAAAGAAGAAAAUUCCCCAAGUAUUUCUUCCUCUUAUGAGUCCUCUACUGAAAAAGGUUAAUGCUGUAUUUGGACCUGGUUUAACCUACAUCACUUGGACAUCCCUUAAACUACCAGAAUACUUUGUCACUGUCAGUAACUCCUUAAAACAUUUAGAACAUGUGAUUAAUCAGGUUGCAGACAUCAAAACAUCCCGCAUUGAUAACAUAUUAGAUGAAAUAUCCAACAGCGAAUUGAUUGAAUUUCCAACUACCAAACCAUGGACUGCAGUGGAGUUCAUAGAAAAUACAAGGGCCUUAAAAUGUAACAUGUUUAGUGAAGGUGAGAUGAUUACUGAACUAUUUGAUGAUAAUUUGUCAGAUCUUCCAAUUGAAGGUGAAGAUUCUGAUGUGGAUGUGUUUGUGGAUCAUUCUGACAGUGACUUUAGUUACAGUGACGUUGUUAGACCUACAAAGAUACAUAAAAUGCUCUCAACUGAUUCUGAAUCAGAAAGUGAUGAUGAUUCUACAGAUGUUCCUGUAAUUUAUCCAAGCUUAGAUGAUAUCCAGCAGGCUAUCAAUAAAAGUGUUCAACUGAUUAUGAACGUCAGUCAAAAUGUUAUCAAUUGGGAAAAACCUCUUGUUGGAAUCAAAACAUCUGGUAGAGAAAAUGGAUCCAAGAAAGUAGUUUCAACAUCUCAUGAAGAGACCAACUAUUAUAAAAUUAUCUCGGACAACAAGGAUAUUUCCAAAAUUGUAAUGAUGCUAAAUUCAGCAAUUACUUCUAUACGUAAAGAAGUUAAGGAUAUAAUAACAACAUAUGACGAGUAUGAAACUUUAUGGAAGGGAAACAAAGAAGAAAAGAUAAAGGAAUUCAUGGCUCAAGAUCCCCCUUUGGCAGAGAUUAAAGUUCUUAUGCUUUAUUAUGAGGACAUAGAGAUAACUAUUUGUGACAUACCUCCCUCAGUUUCAACUGGAGUGGUUGAAGUAUUUACAGAGGACAUUAAACUGUCACUGUCAGUUGAAGCUAGAGGAUGGAAGAUGCUUUUAGGAAAAUACUUGAACAUGACUUACCAUCACAAGGUGAUGGAUAUUGUAGAGUUCAUUUCAGAAAGUUCAAAGAAAUUGUCACGCCCAAUAAAUGACUUGGAUGAUGUGAGGAGUGCCAUGGCAUGUUUGGAAGAAAUACGAGAAAGUGAGAUAAAGAUUGAUAUGAUGUUGAACCCAAUAGAGGAAGCUUACUCAAUGCUGGUUAAGUUUCAACUGCCUUUUAGCAAGGAAGAAACAGAGCAGGUUGAUACUCUGAGAUACUCUUUUCUUAAAUUGCUUUCUCAAUCAACUUUGGUCCAAAACAAGCUGAAUGAAAUCCAGCCCAAAUUUAGAAAAGAACUGAUUGAGAAAGUUGAAGUGUUCAAGCAGAGUGUCAAAACGUAUGAGGAAGAGUAUGAAAAAACUGGCCCUAUGGAAUAUGGUAUCCCACCACAAGAAGCUAGUGAGAGACUGGCUGUUUUCAAGACACAAUUUGAUGAUCUUUGGAGGAAGUUUGAAACAUACAGUGGUGGUCAAAACUUGUUUGCUAUACCAGUUACAACCUAUCCAUCAUUAAAUCGUAUCAAGAAAGAACUGAAUUUACUGCAAAAGCUUUAUGGGUUGUAUAACCAAGUCAUGGACAGUAUCAAUGGUUAUUUUGAUAUCUUAUGGGUGGAAGUGGACAUAGAGAAAAUUAAUGAAGAACUUCAAGACUUUCAAAACAGAUGUAGAAAACUUCCAAAAGGGAUGAAAGACUGGCAAGCUUUCAUUGAUUUAAAACAAAAAAUUGAUGAUUUUAAUGAAACAUGCCCACUUCUGGAACUUAUGUCUAACAAAACAAUGAAAGAUCGUCACUGGGAUAGAAUUGCUACCAUCACUGGUUACAAGUUUGAUCGUGAGUCUGAAACCUUUUCAUUACGUAAUGUCAUGGAAGCCCCUCUUCUCAAGUAUAGAGAUGAUGUUGAGGAAAUUUGCAUUUCAGCAGUUAAAGAAAAAGAAAUUGAAGCAAAGUUGAAACAAGUUAUAUUAGACUGGAACACUAAAGAAUUUUCAUUUGCCAGUUUUAAGAACCGUGGAGAUCUACUUCUUAAAGCUGUAGAUGUGGCUGAAACUGUAUCUUUUCUUGAAGAUAGUUUGAUGAUUCUAGGAUCACUGCUUAGCAAUAGGUAUAAUGCACCCUUCAAAACUGAGAUCCAGUCUUGGGUUCAGAAACUCUCUAACGCUUCUGAUAUUAUAGAAAAUUGGUUGGUGGUUCAGAAUCUUUGGGUGUAUCUUGAAGCAGUCUUCAUUGGAGGUGAUAUUGCCAAGCAACUUCCUAAGGAGGCCAAACGAUUCCAAAACAUUGACAAAUCUUGGGUGAAAGUCAUGACCAAAGCUCAUGAGACCACAAAUGUUAUAGAAUGUUGUACAGGAGAUGAAAUGGUUGGACAACUUUUACCACAUUUACUGGAACAGUUAGAAAUCUGUCAGAAGUCACUAGUUGGGUAUUUGGAAAGCAAGCGCCUUGUUUUUCCUAGAUUCUUUUUUGUGUCAGAUCCAACACUUUUAGAAAUUCUUGGUCAAGCUAGUGAUUCCCAUACAAUUCAGGCUCAUCUUCUGGGGGUGUUUGAGAAUGUGGCUAAAGUGUUAUUUCAUGAAAAAGACUAUGAUCGCAUUCUGUCAGUAUAUUCAAGAGAAGAAGAAGAGAUAAUGUUAGAAAAAUCAAUAAUUGCCAAAGGAAAUGUGGAAAUUUGGCUAGGAGAGUUGCUGGAAAUACAACAGAAGUCUCUACACGGCAUUAUUAGAGACUGCUAUCAAGCUCUUGAUGAUUCAGAUUUUAAAUUAAUUUCAUUCUUGAAGAAAUAUAUAGCUCAAGUUUCACUCCUUGGCUUGCAGAUGUUAUGGACAAAAAAUGCUGAAGAUGCCUUGAACUAUGCUCGACAGGACAAGAAAAUAAUGAAUUUCAUGAACAAUAAGUUUAUUGAAAUUCUAAGAAAACUAAUUGAACAAACUACUUAUGAUAUGACAAAAUAUGAACGAGUAAAGUUUGAAACCUUGAUCACUAUACAUGUACACCAGAGGGAUAUUUUUGAAGAUCUUGUCAAAAUGCAUAUUCGAACUCCAAGUGACUUUGAAUGGUUGAAACAAGCUAGAUUUUACUUCAAUAUGGACACUGACCAGUGUAUUGUGCAAAUAACAAAUGUUUCUUUCAUCUAUCAAAAUGAAUUUUUAGGAUGCACUGAUCGAUUGGUGAUUACACCACUGACAGACAGGUGCUACAUAACUCUUGCUCAGGCCCUGGGUAUGAACAUGGGUGGUGCUCCUGCUGGUCCUGCUGGAACUGGAAAAACGGAGACUACCAAAGAUAUGGGAAAAGCACUUGGAAAGUAUGUGGUUGUGUUCAACUGUUCUGAUCAGAUGGAUUUCAGAGGGUUAGGAAGGAUAUACAAAGGUCUUGCUCAGUCAGGCUCUUGGGGUUGUUUUGAUGAAUUCAACCGCAUUGAACUUCCAGUGCUGUCUGUAGCUGCCCAGCAGAUUCAUAUUGUUCUUUCUGCAAGAAAAGAAAGAAAAAAACAGUUUAUUUUCUCUGAUGGUGAUGAAGUGAACUUAAACCCAGAAUUUGGACUUUUUAUUACAAUGAAUCCAGGUUAUGCAGGUAGACAGGAGCUUCCUGAAAACUUAAAGGUUCAAUUCCGAAGUGUAGCUAUGAUGGUUCCAGACAGACAAAUCAUCAUGAGGGUAAAACUUGCUAGCUGUGGUUUCCAAGAAAAUGCUAUUUUAGCUCAGAAAUUUUACACUCUGUACAAAUUGUGUGAGGAGCAACUUACUAGACAGGUUCAUUAUGAUUUUGGACUUCGUAAUAUAUUAUCUGUAUUGAGAACUUUAGGAGCAGAAAAACGUUCCCGACCACAUGAAAGUGAAUGGAUGAUUGUUAUGAGAGUUCUUCGAGAUAUGAACAUAUCAAAACUGGUGGAUGAAGAUGAACCUUUGUUCUUAAGUCUGAUUAGUGACCUGUUUCCUGGCAUUGAACUGGACAGUGCCACUUAUCCAGAGCUCCAGACUGCUAUUGCAAACCAAGUAGAAGCUACAGGUCUUAUUAAUCAUCCAUCAUGGAACUUGAAAGUAGUUCAGUUGUAUGAAACUCAAAGAGUAAGACAUGGAAUUAUGACAUUAGGACCAAGUGGUGCUGGGAAGUCAUGCUGUAUUCAUAUACUAAUGAAAGCCAUGACUGAUUGUGGUGAAAUCCAUAAGGAAAUGAGAAUGAAUCCUAAAGCUAUUACUGCUUCACAAAUGUUUGGUCAUUUAGAUGUGGCCACAAAUGAUUGGACAGAUGGAAUUUUCUCAGCAAUGUGGAGAAAAACACUGAAGAGUAAAAAAGGAGAACACAUAUGGCUUGUACUAGAUGGCCCUGUUGAUGCAGUUUGGAUAGAAAACUUGAAUUCUGUGCUAGAUGAUAACAAGACACUAACUUUGGCUAAUGGUGACCGUAUUCCUAUGACACCACAUUGCAAAAUUAUAUUUGAAACUCACAAUAUAGACAAUGCUUCACCUGCAACAGUAUCACGUAAUGGAAUGGUGUACAUGAGUUCUUCGGGGCUACCUUGGAAACCCAUUCUAAAGAGCUGGUUGAAAAAAAGACCAAAACAAGAGGCAGAAAUACUUGAGGGUUUGUUUGAUAUGGUAUUCUCUGAUGUAUAUCAGUACAUUGCCACAACACUUACCCCUAAAAUGGAACUGCUAGAAUGUAACUACAUAAAACAGGCCAUGGAUCUUCUUGAAGGAAUGCUUCCAACAGAUGAGACUGGUGGAGUAUCACUAUCUGGUUUACAGGUAGAGAAAAACUUUGUUUUUGCUCUGAUGUGGUCUUUUGGAGCUCUACUUGAGCCACCAGAUAGAGAGUUAAUGGCACAGUUCUUGAAGAAUCAUCCUUAUAAAUUAAAACUCCCACCAGCUGAAGAGACUGAAAAGGGCAACACAAUAUUUGAGUUCUGUGUAAAUCAGAAAGGUGAAUGGGAACACUGGGAUCAUCAAGUAGAGGAAUAUUUAUAUCCUACUGAUCAUGUUCCUGCUUUCUCAUCUAUUUUGGUACCCAACGUAGAUAAUAUACAAACAGAUUUUCUUAUACAAACUAUAUCAAAGCAAGGAAAGGCCGUUUUAUUGAUUGGGGAACAAGGCACUGCCAAGACAGUUAUCAUUAAAAGUUUCCUUUCAAAAUAUAAUCCUGAAGAACACACAUUCAAGAAUGUGAGUUUUUCUUCAGCCACAACUCCAGUGAUGUUUCAGAGAACAGUUGAGAGUUACAUAGACAAAAGAAUGGGAAAUACAUAUGGACCUCCAGCUGGAAGGAAGAUGACUAUUUUCAUUGAUGACAUAAACAUGCCUAUUAUCAAUGAAUGGGGAGAUCAGGUAACCAAUGAACUUGUUCGCCAGCUCAAGGAGAUGAACGGUUUCUAUAGUUUGGACAAACCAGGGGAUGUCACUAACAUUAUUGACAUACAAUUCAUAGCAGCCAUGAUCCAUCCUGGUGGAGGAAGAAAUGAUAUCCCUAGUCGCCUUAAAAGACAGUUUUCUGUGUUUAAUUGUACCUUGCCUUCCAAUAACUCCAUUGAUAAAAUAUUCUGUGUGAUAGGAUGUGGUUAUUUCUGCUCAACACGCUUUUGUGAAGAAAUUGUUAACUUUCUCCCUAAACUUGUCACUACCACAAGAAUACUUUGGCAUGAGACAAAGAAAAAAAUGCUCCCGACUCCUGCAAAGUUUCAUUACAUUUUCAACUUACGAGAUCUUUCUCGCAUAUGGGAGGGGAUGCUGAAGAUCAGAGGAGAAGAAUGCAAGCUAAUGAGAGACAUUUUAUCUCUUUGGAAACAUGAAGUUACCAGAGUUAUUGCAGAUAGGUUUACAAAUGAAGAAGACAAGGUAUGGUUUCUAAGCACCUUGCAUAAUGUGGUGAGCUCACAUCUUGGGGAAAAUCUUUCUUCAGAAUUGCCAGCAGAACCUUAUUUUGUAAACUUUCUCAAAGACCCACCAGAGCCUACUGGAGAGGAAGCUGAUGAUAUUGCCAUAGAAGUACCUAAAGUUUAUGAAGAAGGGGCAGCACUGAACGAGAAUAACUAUUUGUAUGAGGGAAGAUCCUAUGGUAUUGGAAAUCUUUUGGAUGACUUGAAAUAUCUCUACCGUGUGGCUGGUGGAGAAGGAAAAGGAAUAACCUUUAUUUUCACAGAUAAUGACAUUAAGGAUGAAGCCUUUCUAGAGUAUUUGAAUAAUAUUCUCAGCUCUGGUGAGGUUGCUAAUCUUUUUGCUAGAGAUGAGUUAGAGGAAAUAUGCCAAAAUCUUGUUCAACCUAUGAAAAAAGAACUUCCAAAAUGGGCACCAACUCAAGAAAAUCUUUAUGACUAUUUCCUUUCUAGAGCUCGUAACAAUCUUCAUGUAGUGCUUUGUUUCUCACCAGUUGGUGAUAAGUUCAGGAAUAGAGCUCUAAAAUUCCCUGGUUUAAUCUCGGGUUGUACAAUGGAUUGGUUUAGUCGAUGGCCUAAGGAUGCCUUGGUUGCUGUUGCCCAGAACUUUUUGUCAGAGUUUGAAAUGGCAUGUUCCCUUGAAGUAAAGAAUAAUGUUGUAGAAGCAAUGGGAGAACUACAUGAUGGAGUAGUUCAUAUUUGUGGAGAAUAUUUUGGAAGAUUUCGACGCCAAACUUAUGUGACACCAAAGUCCUACUUGUCUUUCAUCAAUGGUUAUAAAACUAUAUACAGAGAAAAACGUCAACUUAUCAAUGAACUAGCUGAACGAAUAAACACUGGGCUGGAAAAGCUAUUAGAGGCCACUGCUUCUGUUGCCAUCUUGAAAGAUGAACUUGCAAUUAAAGAAAAAGAGCUAGAAGUUGCAUCAGUUAAAGCCAGUAAGGUCCUUCAGAAAGUUACAAUGAGUGCACAAGCUGCUGAGAAAGUAAAGAAUGAGGUUCAGAAGGUAAAAGAUAAAGCCCAGGGCAUUGUGGAUGAGAUAUCAGCUGACAAAUUAGUUGCAGAAGAAAAGUUAGAAGCUGCAAAACCUGCUCUUGAAGAAGCAGAGAAUGCUUUGAAGACAAUCAAAGCUGCUGAUAUAUCCACUGUUAGAAAGCUUGGAAAACCACCUCACCUCAUCAUGAGAGUUAUGGAUUGUGUACUAUUGUUGUUCCAAAAGAAACUUGAUAUAAACGCUCCAGACCCUGAGAAACCUUGUCCUAAACCAUCUUGGGUGGAAUCACUCAAGGUUAUGAGCAAUACUCAAUUCUUGUCACAGCUUCAAAACUUUCCAAAAGAUACUAUUAAUGAAGAAACUGUAGAAUUUAUGACUCCUUACUUAGAAAUGGAAGAUUAUAAUAUUGAAACUGUGAAAAAAGUCUGUGGAAAUGUAGCAGGUUUGCUUUCCUGGACUCAAGCUAUGGCUUUCUUUUAUGGGAUUAACAAGCAAGUUUUACCUUUGAAGGCCAAUCUUGCUGUGCAAGAAGCUCAGUUAGAAGUUGCAAAUAGUGAACUUGCAAGUGCACAAGCUGUGUUGGAUGAGAAACAGAAGGAACUGGACAAAGCUCAAGCAUUGUAUGAUACUGCAGUUCAGGAGAAACAAGAUUUAAUUGAUGAUGCUAAAAGAUGUAAAAGGAAGAUGAUAGCAGCAGAAACAUUGAUUAAUGGUUUAUCUGGUGAAAAAGAAAGAUGGACUGAACAAAGCAAGGAGUUUACAGCACAAAUUGAAAGAACAACUGGAGAUGCCUUGCUUUGCACGGGAUUUCUGUCCUACUGUGGACCAUUUAACCAAGAAUUUCGCAACUUACUGCUAAAGAAUUGGCAGCAGGAGAUGGAUAAACGUGGAGUUCCAUAUAGUACUGAUCUUAACCUUACAUCUUCAUUAGCUGAUGCUCCUACUAUAGGAGAAUGGAAUUUACAAGGAUUGCCCAAUGAUGACCUUUCUAUUCAAAAUGGCAUUAUUGUAACCAAAGCAUCUCGAUAUCCACUAUUAAUUGACCCACAAGGACAAGGAAAAUCUUGGAUAAACAAUAAAGAAAAACAUUAUGGUCUUUUGAUUACAUCUCUUCAUCACAAAUACUUCCGAUCUCACUUAGAAGAUGCACUUUCAAUGGGAAAACCUUUACUUAUUAAAGAUGUGGAAGAAGUGCUCGAUCCUGUCCUAGAUAAUAUUUUGGAGAAAAAUUAUGUUAAAUCUGGAACAAGUUAUAAGGUGAAAUUAGGAGACAAAGAAUGUGAUGUGAUGGAAAAUUUCAGGCUCUACAUAACAACAAAACUAGCUAAUCCAUGUUUUUCUCCAGAAGUUAGUGCUCGUACAUCAGUCAUAGAUUUCACUGUGACCAUUAAAGGUUUGGAAGAUCAACUUUUAGGUCGUGUGAUUAUGAGUGAAAAGCAGGAGUUGGAAGCAGACAGAAAAAAAUUAAUGGAGAGUGUAACAGCUAAUAAAAGGAAGAUGAAGGAACUAGAAGAUAAUUUACUGUAUAAAUUGACCAGCACUAAAGGUUCACUUGUAGAUGAUGAAUCCUUGAUUCAUGUUUUAACCAACACUAAAGAAACUGCAGCUGAGGUGUCAGAGAAACUUAAUAUAGCUGCUGAAACAGAAAUUAUGAUCAAUAAUGCAAGAGAAGAAUUUAGGCCUGUUGCUGCAAGAGGAAGUAUUCUGUACUUUCUCAUCUGUGACAUUAGCAUGGUGAAUGUGAUGUAUCAGACAUCACUUGUACAGUUUCUGGAACUAUUUGAUAUGGCAAUAAGAAAUUCUGAAAAGUCUCCUGUAGCAGCCAAGAGAAUAACAAAUAUCAAUGAAUAUUUGACAUAUGAAGUAUUUAAAUAUACUUGCAGGGGAUUAUAUGAAAACCAUAAAUUUCUCUUUACCUUACUGUUAACACUAAAAAUUGACAUGCAGCAAGGUAAAAUAAGCCAUGAAGAAUUUCAGAUUCUUAUUAAAGGAGGAGCUGCUCUUGACCUUAAAACUGUGCCACCAAAACCAGCCAAGUGGAUCACUGAUAUAUCAUGGUUGAACCUGGUUGAACUCAGCAAAUUACAUCAGUUUCAGGAAAUUCUUGCAAAGGUAAAGAAAAAUGAGAAAUCAUGGAAAAGUUGGUAUGAAAAUGAUGCACCAGAAGAAGAAGAGAUUCCAAGUGGCUAUCAGAUGUCACUGGAUUCCUUCCAUCGCCUUUUGUUUAUCAGGUGUUGGUGUCAAGAUCGAAUGCUGUUCCAAGCCAGGAAAUACAUUUCUGAUGUAAUGGGAGCAAAGUAUGCUGAUCCAGUUAUUCUAAAUUUAGAGCAUACCUGGAAAGAGAGUAAUACAAGAACCCCUCUUAUUUGUCUUCUUUCUAUGGGUUCUGAUCCAACAGGUCAGAUUGAAACCUUAUCUAAAAAGAAGGGCAUAGAUUGCCGUGCUAUUUCUAUGGGUCAGGGUCAAGAAGUUCAUGCUCGAAGGUUGAUGGGACAGUGCAUGACAGGAGGAGGAUGGAUGCUGUUGCAGAACUGUCAUCUUGGUUUAGAUUUCUUGGAGGAGUUUAUGGAUACUUUGUUAACCACUGGGACUAUUCAUGAUAGUUUUUGUGUUUGGAUCACAACUGAAGUCCAUCCCAAGUUUCCAAUCUCCUUGCUACAGAUGUCCAUCAAGUUUACUAAUGAUCCACCUCAAGGAGUUCAAGCUGGACUUAAACAAAUGUAUUCCACAAUUACCCAAGACCAGUUGGAUUUGAUCAACUAUCCCCAGUGGCAACCACUGUUAUAUGCAGUGUCAUUUCUUCACAGUGUUGUUCAGGAACGGAGGAAAUUUGGCCCUCUUGGGUGGAACAUUCCAUAUGAGUUCAACUCUGCAGAUUGGGUUGCAAGUGUGCAGUUUGUACAGAAUCACCUGGAUGAUAUGGAUCCCAAGAAGGGAGUUUCUUGGAAUACAGUGCGUUAUAUGAUAGGUGAAGUUCAAUAUGGAGGCAGAGUAACAGAUGAUUAUGAUAAACGUUUAUUGAAUACAUUUGCAAAGGCUUGGUUUGGUGACCAUAUGUUCCUGGAAGACUUCUCCUUUUACACAGGAUAUAAGAUACCAAAGUGUUCCUCCAUCAAUCAGUACAUUAACUUCAUACAAGAGCUGCCUAGUGUUGAUUCACCACAAGCAUUUGGAUUACAUUCCAAUGCUGAUAUAACGUACCAAAACAGCACAGCCACAGACAUUCUCAACACUAUUUUGUCCAUUCAGCCUAAAGAUGCUAGUAGUGGAGGUGGAGCAACACGAGAAAGCACAGUACAGAGAUUGUCUGAUGACAUGCUUGAAAGAUUGCCACCAGAUUAUGUACCUCAUGAGGUUUAUGCUCGACUACAAAAAAUGGGAGUAUUGUCAUCUAUGAACAUUUUUCUAAGGCAAGAGAUUGAUCGUAUGCAACUAGUUAUUGCUGCUGUAAGAAGUACCUUAACAAACCUCAAGUUAGCAAUUGAAGGGACAAUCAUAAUGAAUGAGAACCUUCGUGAUGUUCUUGAUAGCAUCUAUGAUACAAAAGUUCCAGAAAUUUGGAAGCAUAUUUCAUGGGAGUCUACUACCAUUGGGUUCUGGUUCACUGAGCUGCUAGAGAGAAAUACCCAAUUUUCUUCUUGGAUAUUUGAAAAACGACCUGAUGUUUUCUGGAUGACAGGAUUCUUCAAUCCUCAGGGUUUCCUAACAGCUAUGAGACAAGAAGUGACACGUGCUCACAGAGGCUGGGCGUUGGAUUCUGUUACACUGCACAAUGAAGUACUACGCCAUUUCAAGGAAGAAAUCUCUUCACCACCACAGGAAGGAGUUUAUGUCCAUGGACUAUUUUUGGAUGGUGCAGGAUGGGAUAGGAAGAACUGCAAGAUCACAGAAUCCCUUCCUAAAAUGUUAUUUACUUCUCUUCCUGUUGUACAUAUUUAUGCAAUUACUUCUACAGCUCCUAAAGACCAAUGUCUCUAUCAGUGUCCAGUAUACAAGAAACCCAAGCGAACUGAUCUUACUUACAUCAAUUCACUGUGGCUGAAAACAUCACAGAACCCAGACCAUUGGACUUUAAGAGGGGUAGCACUCCUCUGUGAUAUAAAAUAGUCUCCUAAAACGAUUUUCCCCUGAAUUAGAUAAAAAAAAAUUCAUAUAUACUUUCCAAAAUUGAAAAAAGCAUUAAUUAUACAUUUAUAAGUAUUAACAUAAUCAGUUUUAUUGUUUAAAAAAUAUUAAUACUGUUAUUAACUUUUUAUUGCUAUUAAAUAUAUUGUUGGUGUUUGCCAUGUCAUUUUAAUGACGUUGUUCCAAUAACUGCUUUUAUUUCUUGUAAAUACUGUAAUAAAUAAAUAUCUUG